ACGCGGCUUCUGCGCGAUUUCAAUCGAGUGAUCUAUCACCUAUAUGAUCGUUGCCUUCGAACAUCUCCGUGUGCCACGGAUGCCCUACUGAUGGCUGAACAGCAACUCGUGGACACAUUCGCCUUUGUCCGUCCUCCAGGAUUUAACCCACGUGUCUCGAUUGAUGCGCGGCAAUCUACUAGGAGUGGUGCACAUCAGAUGCAUAACAGUCGAGUGGCCACGGAAACACAAGGUUUGAGUGUUGUUGCUCUCGGGGAACAAAUCAAUUUUCCUGGUGAGAACGAACGCCAACGAAGUCAGAAAUUUAGUGCACGUGCAGAGAGGACCUCAACCGCCCGCCCCGAUUCAAGCAGUAAGAAGAAAUGA